CUCCUAGGAGAAAGAACCACAAUCAGGUUACUAGGAGGAACAAUAGACGAGGAGGAGAAAGAAAGAACAUCUCUCUCUCUCUCUCUCUCUCUCUCAUGAAAACUUUCCUCCAUCAAUUUUAUCUUUGCUUAAGAACUUCUUCCUCAUCAUAAAAACAUGGAGACCAAAGGUGGGAGGCAAAUUAAUGUUGAUGCAGAACCAUCUUUUCAGCUGGAGAAGUUGGAAAACAACAGAGACAAGUAUAUAUAUCAUUCUCAUCUUGAAAUGGGAAAACUUGAUGGACAUUUGGAGCUUGAACUUGAGGAUGAACGGUGUGUUGGGCCAUCUCCUUUCAUUAGGAAUAAUCAUUCCCCAGAGAUCAAAAGCCCCAAUGGAUCCUUCUCGGAUGCUAGUAAAGAAAGUAGCAUAAGCCACAUGAAGGACAAAGUCCUUAGAAGCCUUAACAUAGUGUUAUUUUCAACAAAGAUUAAUCUAUUGAUGCCUUGUGGUGCUAUAGCUAUUAUUGUCAAUUAUUUGACUGGCCAACAUGGAUGGGUUUUCUUAUUAAGUUUGUUAGGCAUUGUUCCUUUAGCAGAGCGCUUAGGAUUUGUUACUGAGCAACUGGCUUUUUUCACUGGACCAAUAGUUGGAGGGCUUCUCAAUGUCACAUUUGGAAACGCAACAGAAUUAAUCAUAUCAAUUUAUGCACUAAAAAAAGGCAUGAUUCGUGUGGUUCAACAAUCAUUGCUGGGUUCCAUAUUAUCAAACAUGUUGUUGGUUCUUGGAUUUGCAUUCUUCUGUGGAGGCAUAGCUUAUAAUAAGAAGGACCAAAUCUUCAAUAAGACAGAUGUUACUGUGAACUCUGGAUUACUUCUAAUGGCAGUAAUGGCUAUGCUACUUCCAGCUGUGCUACGCUUCACUCACACUGAAAUGCACUUUGGCAAGUCAGAAUUAGGCCUUUCAAGAUUCAGUAGUUGUGUCAUGCUCGUGGCAUAUGCUACAUAUAUUAUUUUCCAAUUAAGGGAUCAGAAUAGUUCUU